AUGCUAAUAUUAUAUUCGACCGUUAAAAUAAGUUUAAUGAAAUUAUCACUAUUUGAACCAUUUAUGAAUUUAUCAAAUCAAUUUCGUUAUGUUAUUGAACAAAUGCCAUGUUGCGCUGAUACCUAUGAUCAAGAUGAGCUUGAAAACUAUAUUAAUGAUUAUGUAUUUAAUUAUUUCGGUUUUUCAUAUAUAACAACAAUUAUAUUAGGUGGAAUGGCACAACAAACAUUAUUUUUAAGUAAAAACGAUAAAAUAGCAUUAGAAAACUACGGUUAUAAUCUCCGUAAUGAAGCCAAAAUUGAAUUACUUAGAUCAGUUAAUCAUAAAGAUGAAGAUCCAUCAUUAAAUAUAACAGAACAUGAUGAAUUUAUGGAAUCUUAUGUUAAAAAUAAAGAUCAAAGUACACUGGGUGGAGACGCAUCAUUAAUAAAAUCAUCAUUGACGGAUUGGUCAAAAUCUGUUGAGUUGAAUCCAGUUGUAAUUAAAUUUAAUAUUAAAUCGAUACUUGGUUUAUUAACUAAACAAUAUUUUCCUGAUGAUAUAUUAAUCCAAAAUAAAUCGAUAUUAAUUGAAAAUACAUUAAGGAAGUAUAUUCAACAACAUUCAAAAUUAUAUUGUUAUAAUGACUGUACAAGUAGAAUACAUGGUCAUUGUAUAACAACAAAUUAUUUUGGUUUUGGUCAAUGUCAUUGUAAUCAAGGUUAUUCAGGUAUUGAUUGUUCACAGGAAAUUAGAGGAUUAGAGGGUACACUUUGUAUUAAUGCGCCCUAUAGUUCAGCGAAGCCAGUUAAUGCUUGCCAAAGUGAAAACUAUCGACAUAUUUUUACAUUUUCUGUUCCUGCAAACCCUGUUCAUCUACAUUUUCAACGAUUUACAAACAAUCUGCCAGGUUUAGCAGGCACUCUGUGUGGCUUAAGCAAUGGUUAUGUUGCAGAAAUUUUGUGUGAAGAUAGAAACCCUAUUGAUCGAGCAUGUCCAACAGGAUAUGAAACAUUCGAGUGGGUACAUCAGUAUGCAACAUUAUUCACGUGUAUGAAAAUGAAGAACGAACAACUCGAUUCACGUGGAACAUUAUGCGGGUUCCAGUUUACUUCUUCUUUAUUCACUAUAAGUUGCGAUGAUCAUUCUCCAGGGUCAGGUAGUUGUCCGCCACAUUAUCGAUUAAAACUUUUACCAUCAACAUUUCCGUUUAGUUCUUCUUGUUAUAAAGUUUAA